UUUGACAUUAAUGAUAUGACUAUGAAUGGAUGAUCUCUUUAUUAUAAAAUAUAAAUUAGAGCAAUAUCCGGACUUAUUACCUUGUGUCAACGGCAUCCAUCAUUGCAUGUACCGAAGGAUUCGCUUUCGCGCUUAUAAUAGUACCAAAUUUUAUACUAGGUGCAAGAGACCUUUUAACUUCGCAUAGGGAAUACAGGCGGCAAAAAGCUAGAUGGUAUCUCGUCCUCCAAUUGAUAAUGAGGACGUUAGAAGUUAGGAGACAGAUCAGAGUGUAACAUUGUAAACGUGUCCUUUGAUAUAAAGCGGCCAUUUGUCAUAUCAACUAAAUGAGCAAAGAUAUAACAACCUCUAAUCUAAUGGAAGCUGUCUGUUUCCAACUAUUUGUCAGUUUUAUCUGUUAAACUUGUGGUGAUGUCAGAAAGUGGACGACAAAGGCAAGGCUGGACCGGCUCCUGUUACGAGUGUCGCAAAAAAUGCUGCUGGUUCUUCAAGAGACUCGUCGUCUUCUGUUUCUCACAGAUCGGCAUCGUGUGUCUUGUGGUCGGAUAUGCACUUCUGGGCGCUGCAAUAUUCGGGGCCCUGGAAGAACCAAAAGAGGAACUUAAUCGUGUAUUGGUCAAAGACAUAAGGAAUAAAACGCUCCACCGCCUCUGGUGGCUGAAUGAAAAUUUAUUCGUGUUUGAAAGACAAAACUGGACAAGAGCUGUGGAAAAAGUACUUCAAGACUUCCAGAUAGAUGUAUUUAUGGCGGUGACUAUUGACGGAUGGGAUGGCAGGGAAGAUAAUUAUACCGGAGUUUCUGAAUGGUCGUUUACUGGUGCUCUCUUGUAUUCUGUCACCGUGAUCACCACAAUAGGAUAUGGGAACAUUACUCCUAAAACCACGUUGGGACGGUUUGUUACGAUUGUGUAUGCAUUCAUCGGAAUCCCUCUCACAAUGAUUUGCUUGGCUAAUGUAGGUCACGUGCUUAGCAUUUCGUUCAAGAUACUCUAUAGACGACUUGUAUGCAAAAAGAGGAAGAAAGAAACAAACACAACAUCUGAUGCCUCUUCAAAAUAUCUGUUUGCGAAUCCUCAGAAUGUGAAAACAGAAGAUGAUGAAAACGAGACUCAGUUCGUUUUGUCGGACAUUGAGACGGUCAGUGAUACACGAGUCCCAGUAUACGUGUGCUUCCUUCUCGUCAUUGCUUACAUUUUGUUGGGCACUGUGUUGUUUAGCCUCUGGGAGACCUGGGACCCCUUUACAGCCGGGUAUUUCUGCUUCAUAACCCUCAGCACGAUAGGCUUUGGGGACGUAGUACCUGGCCAUAGUUUGGAGAAUUGGGCCAGUCCCGCCAAACGAGUCACGUGUUCACUGUAUCUGCUGUUCGGUCUCACUUUGAUAUCGAUGUGCUUCAGCUUGAUGGUGGAUCACGUUCGGGAGAUAUCGCGGAGAUUUGGUCAAUGGAUAGGACUUUUACAGAGAGAAGGGGAAUAAACU